AAUGCUUUUUGUAAGUCGAACGAGAAAGCAAAAUAAUAAUUCGAAUUACGUGAUACUUCUUACUGAGCUUGUUUUAGUGAAUUUCUAGCUGAUUCUGCUAGUCUUAAAUGGACAUCGUGUUCUUCGGUGAGUUUAUUCUUUUCUUCUUCAUUAUUCGAUGCUUUAAUUUUAAUGUUUAAUAAGUCGCAUUUUUGGCAUGUAUCUUUGCGCGGUUGGUGGAAAUGUAAAUCAAAAUCUUUUUUAAAUAUUUUCCCAUAAGUGCACUCAUUAACGGCUUUUAUUCCAUUUUCCUCUUCUAUUAGGAUUAUAAGAUCUGGUAUAAUGGGAUUCAAAAUUAGGGAAACUUUUAAUAUGGUUUUGAACUUGCUUUUUCGCUUCUUCAGGUAAUUGUCUUGAUGAUCCAGCCAUCCUCCCACGCAUAUGGGUACGUCCAAGAUGCACGCUGGUUUUCUGAGUCAGAUUGCCGGCGCCGAUUGAGUCAGACUCGGCGAGCUUAUCUUCCCAUGCUAGUAAACCGAAAUGGCCAUAGUGCACCUGCGCGCCGAUUUCCUGCGCACAGGCAGUCUGACUCAGAUUUUUACCGGAAUGAAUUGUUCAUUCUGGUUUCAGACAACCUGCUAAUCAGACUGUUUAUUUUUGAUCUUGUGUUCGAGUGUAAGUGUUUUAUCAUCACUUUAAUUAUGGAUAUCGACGAAUUGAUAUCGAAAGUUCAGCUCAAUCCACCAAUAUGGGAUAAGCGCAUCAAAGAACAUUCCAAUAGGAACAUCGUUGAUGCCUGUUGGAAAAAGAUAUCCUUGGAAAUGAAGAUUGAUGGAUCUGUACUUCGAAAGAAAUGGAAGUACCUGAGGGACCAAUUCAGCGUAGAGUGCAGUGAAAUAAAGCCGGCAAGAUCGGGGGACGCAGCAGAUACUACAAUUGAACCGAAAUGGCCUCACUUCAAAGGUAUGCUAUUUUUGAAAGACGUAAUCAAACCAAGAGCUUCUUCAAGCAAUUUAAAAAAAACACUUUCCGCCAUUGAAAACAGAGAGGAGGACACACAAGCCGAAGAAAACAAUGAAUUCGACUUUCAGCUUCCUGAAGACCUAGAUAUUAAUGAUUCCGGAAGAGGGCAAGAAAAUUCUACUGACAAUGUGGGUGAAGUCCAACCUACAGAGGAAAACGAACCUGCCCAACCCUCUGCAAGUCUCCAAAAAAAAAGAAAACGAGUGUUGGCCAAUUCUGCCUAUAAUGAAAAGAUUUUGCAAUUGGAGCAGCAGAAAUUAGACACAAUUCAAAAUGCUUUUCAAAGACAACCUGAAAAUGACGAUUUAAUGUUUUUAAAAAGUCUCCUGCCUUUUAUUUCGAAAAUUCCACAAGAAAAAAAGCUUAGAUUUCGGAGCCGGAUACAGCAAGUUGUGGACGAGUUUGCGUUUGCUGAAAAUCAUUCGCAGCAAGGAUCUCCAGUAACGUUUACAAGCAGUAGACUAUCUACAGCUCUGUCAACGGGAUCUUCCUAUGAUAGCAGGCCAUCAACAGUCACGUCAUAUGACAUUAGACCACCAUCAGUCAACAACUUUAGUCAAAUGCAGCCAUCACCCGAAGGUGCAUAUCCACCAAAUCAAGAAGGGUUCUCAGGAGGCUCGAGCUUCGCACAGUCACUAAACGUGUACAAUUCUACUUUUGAACAAUACAAUUAA